AUGAAAUAUAAUGGGCUUGAAAUCAAACUCAUUCCAGAAGCUGAAGAAGUAGCUACAUUUUAUGCUGCAUUAUUAAACACAACUAUUAAAAGAACAAUAUUUUCAACAAAAACUUUCUUUAAAGAUUGGCAAGUUAUCUUGGAAGAAUCCGAAGAAAAUCCACUAAUUGAGGAUUUUGAAAAAUGUGAUCUUACUUCUAUAUACAACUAUUUACAAGAAGAAAAGGAACAAAGAAAGAAUUUUUCAAAAGAGGAAAACAAAAAUGGACAUAAAGAAAAAAUUGGUAAUUUUAGAAUUGAGCCACUUGGUUUGUUUAAAGAUCAUGGUGAUCAUCCUAAAACUGCUAGGGAGCUCAAUAAGCACAUAGAAAAAAUUUGGUGUGAUUACAUAUUGGAUUUAAAAGAUAGACUCAGUUUGGUUUGUCAACGUGCUAUAACUAUGUAUCUUAUUGACAGGCUUUCACUAAGAGCAGUAAAUGAAAAAACUGAUGAAAGAGCAUAUUACUUUGUAAUAGAACAAGUCUUCAAAAAUCUUAAAAUAUUUCUGAAGGAUAAGGGAUCCACUGAACUGUUAUUUAACAGAUUAAAGACUCAAGAUUUGAAUAGACAUUUACCUGAAUACAUGGAGGGACUAACUGCCAAAGUGUUCUGUAUAUACAACGCAUCUU